AUGCACUCUCUGGUGUCGUCUCUUUUAUCACCCGGCGCCGUUGUUGUUCCGUUUGAUACCCAUCGAAUACUUCAUCGUCGUCAUCGUCACAUUCCUCGAUGCAAUGCAAAAGCAGCAGCAACACUGACAACAAACGUCGCCUCUUCGUCGUCGUCGUUAGAAAUCCGAGUCGAGGAGGCCGUUAGGGGAAUGGAUGGAUUCAUAGAAAAAGCUCUCGUCGAAUGCGCCGAGAAUGUUCCAGAGAUUACCUGGUCGAACGAGCAAAUUAAAGAAGAACUAGGGAGGGAUAUAUCUCGCGUGUUCAUAGCCGUUGAGGUCGAUGACGAAAAUGGUCAUGAUAAUGUAGAUGAAGAAGUGAAAAAGCAACUCAACGGAGCAAACAACAAAAGAGUGCUCGGGUUUCUCGUCUGUUGGCUCGUCGCCGGGGAGACGCAGAUUUUAGAACUCGCGGUGAGAAGCGAUCAGAGAAGAAGAGGCAUUGCGCGACGACUUCUCGAUGCAGCCGUGAAUGCCGCUCCUGAAAACGAGUUGCACUUGGAAGUUUCCGAGAGGAACGGAGCAGCGAUAGCUUUAUACAAAAGGUACGGCUUCGUUUCUUCCUCGCCGGAAGCGGUUCGGAAAAAUUAUUACAAAGAUGGUUCGGGCGCCAUUUUAAUGUUCAUGAAUAGCAGUAGCAGUAGUAGCGGCGGCGAUAGUGAUAGCAGUAGCGACGCCCAGAAAAACGGAAAUGAAGAAGAGGUGGUGUCAACUCGCGAAUUGGUGAGGCGUUUGGCCGGAUUACCAGAAGAGCUCGCGAAAGUCCCCGCCCCGUUGGAUCCAAACGAUAGAAGCGACGUCGAUGGCGACUCAUCGACGCGAUACUUGAAAACGCAAGCACCAAUACGCGAGGCGCAAUAG